GCAUGCGUAGCCCCCACACCCGCGUUGCUGCUUCCAUUUUCUGUGGUUAUCAAAUCGUAGUCGCCGAUUAUCGACUUCUACGGACCUUCACGCUAUGUUGCGCUACUUUUGAGUGUGCUACUUUGAUACAUCGGACGGCCACGGCUUCGAAUUUAGUUGAAAUAUGGCGCAUCGGAGCAUUGUGCGGACAAGCAAGUUUCGCCAUGUGUUUGGCCAGGCACUGAAAAGAGAGCAGUGCUAUGAUAACAUAAGGAUCACAAAACAGUCAUGGGAUUCCAAUUUUUGUGCGGUCAACCCAAAGUUCCUGGCCAUCAUCAUAGAAGCUGCAGGUGGUGGGGCAUUCAUGGUGCUCCCGUUGAACAAGACUGGUCGAGUGGAUGUGAACCAUCCACUGGUGGCUGGGCACAAGGGACCUGUGCUGGACAUCGCUUGGUGCCCAUUCAAUGACAACAUAAUUGCCAGUGCUUCAGAUGAUGCUGUGGUUCGUGUGUGGCAGAUCCCUAAUUUUGGCCUUGUCCGCCCACUCGUGGACCCAGUGGUCGAGCUGCCUGGGCAUGAACGCCGUGUUGGACAGGUGCUAUGGCACCCGUCAGCCAACAAUGUACUGCUCAGUGUUGGAGCUGACUGCAAGAUCAUCAUCUGGAAUGUGGGCACAGGUGAAAUCCUUUCGUGCAUUGACCACCCAGACAGUGUGUUCAGCUGUUGCUGGAACUGGGAUGGCAGCCGCAUUGUCACAACUUGCAAGGAUCGCAAAAUUCGUGUGUACAAUCCAAGGACGGGGGAUGUGGAAGCGGAGGACUUUGGGCAUGAAGGUGCCAAGCCGCAAAAGGCUAUCUACUUGAGGGACGGCCUCAUUUUUACAACGGGGUUUUCAAGGAUGAGUGAAAGGCAGUACGCCCUUCGUGUGGAGUCGGAACUUGCCCAGCCGGUGGUCCUGGAAGAAUUAGAUACAAGCAAUGGUGUGUUGCAGCCCUUCUAUGACCCGGAUACGAAUCUGCUAUAUCUUGCUGCAAAGGGUGACAGCAACAUCCGGUACUUUGAGGUGACGGACGAGCCCCCGUUUGUGCAUUACAUCAGCACGUAUCAGUCGAGUGAACCACAGCGGGGAAUGUGUGCCAUGCCAAAGCGCGGUUGUGAUGUCCACCAGUGCGAGAUAGCCAGGUUUUACAAGCUGCACUCCAAGGGCCUUUGUGAAGUGAUUUCUUUCACAGUACCACGCAAGUCGGAUCUAUUCCAGCAAGAUCUCUACCCUGAGACACCUGGCGACACCCCUGCCAUAUCAGCUGAGGAGUGGGCAGAAGGAAAAGACGCCGACCCAAUUCUUAUCAACUUGAAAGAAGGCUAUACAGCCAGCACGAAGCAGGACUUCUCAGUGACUAAGAAGCCCAACAUCCUUAACAAAAUGCCUGAAAGGCCAGUAGCACAAAAGGGAAGUGAACAGUCCGUGUCCCCAGUGGUAUCAGAUGCAAAGUUGGAUGAGCUGUUGGAUGAAAUCAGGAAGCUCAAGUCUGUUGUGGUGAAGCACGAGAAACGCAUCAAGGAGCUCGAGUCACGGUUGGAAAGUAGCAAGGAGGAUACCUCCGUCGACCGCCCCAACACGCCACCGACACCUCCACCGGGUGAUCAGAAACAGAGCAACAAUCACCACGAAGAAAGCGCCACUGGAGAAGGCCAUCCCUUGCGCAAGUCGGAGACAAGUUCAAGCCUGUGUUACCCACCGCCAAGGAGCCUGCCCUGCAAAACACUGCAAGGUGGUGCCAAAAAGGACAAUGUGCCCUAUGGUGACCACUGUAGAAGUGGCAAUGGCAAGCAAUUGAAAUGCAGCCACACGGGAUUGAUCUCAAGCUUUUUUACAAACCUCAAGAAACCCAGUUUGAAGACAUUCCAUCGGAUCCUGACAGCUAUGCUGGCGGUGAGGUGUACAAUGACAGUGACAACGAGUGGGAGCCGAGUACUAUUGCUAAAAGUCAGCAUACCAGUGCCACAAAGGAAGCCCGUGUUCAUGCCGUGCGUGAUUCAUCGGACUUGGAAAGUGAAGAAGAAACGUUGCACACUCCUGGCACAGUCCCUAUAUGGAGUCAGAGCUACAGGGUAUCUCUGCCCCUUUCUUUUAUGUGCCAAACUGGUGUCCCUGAACGCAUUCAUGACCUUGAAGUGAACACUCCUUUCGAAGUGUUUUGCAUUUUGUGGAGAGACUCGUUCACAGAAUCGCUAGCAUUUCAGACAAAUCUGUAUGCUCAGCAAGAAAGCAAGCCGUACAAGCCAACCAUAGCGAAAGAGUUGCGCACAUUUUUAGGAAUAAAUCUUUUGAUGGGCAUCAAAAGAUCCCCGAGUUAUCAAAACCACUGGUCCAGACCGUCAUGACUUGUUCAUAUCAAACCUGAUGACCGUGAAUCGGUUUGGAUGGUUGCUAUCCUAUCUCCAUAUAAAUGACAAUAAUCUGCAACCGAGCAGGGGAGAUCCGCGCUUUGACAAGCAGUAUAAAGUGCGACCACUCGUGAAUGAACUGUCGGCGACAUUUGCUGCCAGCUAUUUGCCAAUUGCAUUUUUGGCAAUUGACGAGUCGAUGAUAAAAUUCAAGGGGAGAAGCUCGCUCAAGCAAUACAUGUCGAAAAAGCCCGUGAAACGAGGGUACAAGGUAUGGAUGCUGUGUGCCAAUAAUGGCUGCAAUCUCAAGUUCGACAUUUACACUGGAAAGUCGGACAAUGGUGUGCAGUGUGAGUUGGGUGUCAGGGUUGUAAAAAGCCUUACUGAAGAUUGUGCUGGCAGGCACCACCGUGUGUUUUUCGACAAAUACUUCAUCAGCUACCCACUCCUCAAGGAGUUGAGAGAUGCCACCAUAUAUUCAUGUGGAAUGGUCAGUGCCAACCGAAAACACCUACCGCUGCUGCAGGCGGAUAAAACAAUGGAAAGAGGCGACACAGACUGGUCUGUUAGUGAUGACGGUUUGGCGUGCCUGAAGUGGAAGGACAAGCGAACCGUGCACAUGCUGUAAAACUACCACGAUCCUACACUUCAGUCUCAGGUAGAAAGAAAAAAACAAGGAUGGAACGCUCACAAAGGUAGCCUGCCCAGAUGCGCUACAAGACUACAAUCAAAACAUGAAUUUUGUUGACAAAUUCGACCAACGAAAGAACCAAGAUCAGAUUGAUUGGAAAUAAAAAAAAUGGUGGCACCGAAUUUUUUUCCAUUUCCUUGACGGCUGCAUCGUGAACGCCUUCCUAAUAUACACUGAACUGGAAGGGGUUCAGAAGAUGAGGUUGAAUGACUUUAGAAGAGAUAUAAUCUGUACAUUGACCACGAAAGCAUAAGUCUGUUCCCCAAAAGGAAGACAAUCAAGCAGCCAUAUAGUAGAAAUAAAGAGGUGGAAGCCAUAUGUAGCUCCAGUUGUCCAUGCCGCAGAAUCAGAGCACCAACCCAAGAGGUGCACGCCGAGGCAGUGUACAAAAUGCAGCACAAAAGCAAACACAUCAAGGACGACAUGGAUGUGUGAUACGUGCAACAUUCCUCUCUGUCUAAGAGAGGACACAAAUGUUUUGCCGAGUUUCACAGAAAGUGAACGGAGACUCCAUUCCAGCACGGUGGUUACCUCAGGUGACCAUCUCAGAUCAUCAUUGCUGCCAUAUGUAAAUGUUUUUGGUUUUUCUUAUAUCUAUUUUCUGAGUGGCCUUGUGCAGUUUGUUCAAUAAAAUUGAGUUUUCUUGCAAAAACAAA